GAUACGAAGGAGUCAGAUCGUGAGGACUCUUGCCUUGCAGAGCUUUAUUCUAUUCCAGUACCUGGAGUUGCCCGUUCUCCUUCAGUAUUUUCAUCUACCUCAUUUGCUACAAUUUUUGCCAACAAAGUGCGCAAGGUGAUUGUCUGUCCCCCUCGCCUGUCUUGCGAUUCCACUCCCUCUCCAGAAGGACAUACAUGCAGUCAUCUCGUUUCGACCCGCGCCAGCCUUGAAUGGCUGCCACCUUUCACUUGCAGCACUUCUAUUCCAUCAAACCCUUUAAAUAAUGACUCUUUCUUGAGCGCAUCAUCCUCCUCCGAAUCUUCAUCCUCCCCUCCGGUUUCUCCCACUUCACAUCUGCAAUCCGAGCCUACCGAGUUGCUUUCCCCUUCGACCUUUCGGUUUGGCCUUCCAUCUUCACAUGCUUCGUCUUUUGCCCCUGUACAGCCGCUGAUGCGACCCCUUAAAGCCAUACAAAUCAAUUCUUCUCCUUCUGCUCCACUCUCCACCUGUCCUUCUCCGUCGGUGUCUUUUAGCCCAGCUGACUGGUCAACAGAUGCCCUCGAGCUUGGCCUCGACUUGUCCUCUCCGGCUUUGUUGGGCGUCACGGCAGAGGAUGAAUCUUCCGAUCCCGUUUCCCUGGCACCUGGCAUUCUUCAGUCGACAUCCUUGUUUGUCGUCAAUCCUCGAGCUCACAUUGAAUCCUGUUCAUCGGAUGGUGAACUUAAACGGCGGGUCUCUCCAUCGUGCCAAUCAAGGCAAUCACAUAUCGACAAGCCCAGUGGCAUAUGUGGCCGAAGGAAACAGCGACUACAUGAGCCACUACAAAUUCAUCCUCCUCGGAGGCAAUGGCCUGGCUCGUUCAAUUCAAAGACUGGGACUAACAGAACACCCUAUCGUUUCGGUAGGUGCGCUUCCUUUGACCGGCUACACACACUCACACAAGUCUUCUCGUCAAAGUUUUCCCGAUUGCCGAAUCGGCGUAUAUCGCUAGCCAUUCAAUUAUGA